AUGGAAAAGACAAACAUAUCCGAUCAGGUCACGCCGGCCACUACCAGCCGCGACCCUGAGAAAAUGGAGGGAUUCGACGUUCACCAGGGCGUGGACAACCCAUCCGAUGACAAGGCGAGCAUGUCCGAUCGGGACUCGCGUGACUUCCAAGGUGGUGUGCAGCGAGUGCGAGCCAUUACAUUGACAUGGUCAACCAAGACGCUCGUUCUGAUGUUCAUUCUGCUCUAUCUCGUGUCCUUCGUGGACGCACUCCUGAGCACAGUCGAAACCUCACUAAACCCCUACAUUACCUCCUCAUUCGGCAAGCACGGCCUCUUGACGGUCGUCAGCGUCCUCUCAACCAUCCUGGGCGGCUCAUCGAAGCUCACACUAGCCAAGAUCAUCGAUGUCUGGGGCCGUGUGGAGGGAUUCCUGAUUAUGCUUGUUCUUGUCGCGAUCGGUCUGAUCAUGAAAGCCACUUGCAAAAAUAUAGAGAUGUACACUGCAGCACACACUUUAUACUGGGUGGGCCACAUCGGUCUGACCUACGUCGUGGACAUCAUGCUGGCAGAUAUGACCUCCCUCCGGAACCGAAUGAUCAUGCUGGGCCUGAACGGUACACCCGGUAUCGCUAGUACCUUCGCAGGUCCGAAAAUUGCCGCACUCUUCUACGCCAACCUCGACUUCCAUUGGGCAUUCGGUGCGUUUGCUAUUAUGCAGGUUGGAGUUUGUAUCCCCGUCGCUGUGGUGAUGCUGUUUAUGCAACGUCGGGCGGAGAAGAGCGGUGCUCUUGAGAAGACUUAUUCUGGACGUAACUGGUGGCAGUCGAUCACUCACUAUGUCAUCGAGUUCGAUGUUGUCGGAAUCAUCUUGGUCACUGCCGUAUUCACCCUAAUCCUGCUCCCGUUUAGCAUCGCCCCCUACGGACCCAAGGGAUGGGCGACCGGAUACAUCAUUGCGAUGGAAGUGCUCGGCGUAGCAUGCAUUCCCGCAUUCUACGUCUGGGAGCGAUACGCACCGGUGCAAUUCCUUCCGUGGAAGUAUCUGAAACAGCCAACAAUGAUCGGCUCAUGCAUGCUGUACGGCGUGAUGUUCAUCUCCAUCUUUGCCUGGAACAGCUACUUCAGCUCGUACCUGCAAGUCGUAAACAGACUUGACAUCACGUCAGCCAACUACGUGCUCAACGCUUUCUCCCUGACCUCUUACAUCUUCAGUCCUAUCUUUGGCCUAGUAAUCAGAUGGACCGGUGACUUCCGAUGGACCGCCAUGGCUGGUAUCCCAAUCUUCCUUCUCGGAACGGCUCUUCUGAUCCCGUUCCGUGCGCCAGACACCCACGUGGGCCUGCUAACAAUGGUCCAAAUUCUCGUGGGUCUCGGCAGCUGCAUGUUCACUGUGUGUGGACAGAUCGCUGUGAUGGCGAUCGUAACGCACCAGGAGGUCGCCGUUGUGAUAGCGAUCUGGGGAUUGUUCGGGUCGAUUGGAGCCGCCGUGGGAUCUGCUAUUGCUGGUGGCAUGUGGAAUAAUAUGUUCCUGAAGGAGCUAACUGAACGGCUGCCGCUGGAGAGUAAGCAUCUUGCGGCCACUAUCUAUGCCAAUAUCGUGACGCAGAUGAAGUACGCCGAUGGCACCCCUGAGCGGGAAGCUAUCGUUGGGGCUUAUGCUGAUAUCCAGAGGAAGAUGGUGAUUGUUGGUGUUUGUUUCGUACCGCUGUGCAUUGUGUGCACUUGGUUCUGGAGGAACGUUAAUGUUAAGAAGUUGCAGAAGGAGCAGACGACUGGAAACGUUUGGUAG